CACUUUGAGACAAACAGAGACGCAGAAACAUGGCAGAAGAAGCUCCAGCAGCUGCACCGGCUAAAGCUCCGUCCAAAUCCCCGAAGAAGAAGGCUGCCAGGCCCAAGAAGGAUGGACCCAGCCUCCCGAAGCUCAUCGUCGCCGCUGUGGCCGAGUCUAAGGAGCGGAAGGGGAUCUCACUGGCUGCGAUCAAGAAGGUUCUGGCGGCCAAAAAUAUCGAUUUGACCAAGGCAAACAAACGCAUCAACACCACCGUCACCAAGCUGGUCACUAAGGGGGUUCUGAGCCAGACUAAGGGCACCGGAGCUUCCGGCUCCUUCAAGCUCGCCAAGAAGGAGCCCAAAGUCUCCAAACCGGUCAAAAAAGUGGCCAAGAAGAAGGCUCCCGUCAAAGCUAAGAAACCCGCCGCCGCUAAAGCUAAGAAACCCACAGCGGCCAAGAAGGCAGCAGCUAAGAAGACAGCGGUCAAGAAAUCCCCGAAGAAGGCAGCGGCCAAGAAAGCCGUCAAGAAGACACCGAAGAAGAGCCCCAAGAAGCCCGCCGCUAAGAAGCCCAAAGCUGCAGCCAAGAAGCCCGCAGCAAAGAAAGUGCAGCAAGAAGCCCAAAGCUAA